UUUAUGUCAGUAUCACAGAGUAGGUCUAACAAUUCGGUCGACAUAUUGAGAGAAAAGUAAGAAAAAAUUCAAAUAUUCGUGAAUUUUGUCUUAAAUUCUUGUUGAAAUUAACGUUGUGGGCUCAUUUCGCUGUGCAAAAUUGGAAGUCAUUUGUGUCUAAACAAACCAUUCGGUUCUUCGAGCGUAUAACUCCUCCGUCUGAAGCAAAGUAAACGAGACUGUAAAUAUGUCGGACAAUGCGGCUGUCUCUGGCGUGUUGAACGCGGUGCUAUGCGGCGUCACUGGCUACGGUCUCUAUGCCAUGCCGCCGCAGGCUCAUCCGUUCGCGUUCUCGGCUUGCUUAAUUGGCUUCUGCCAUGGCCUGUUGGGGCUGAUCGACAUGUUCGUCGGAAGUGACGGUACAAAGACAGGCAAGGAGACGACCAAUGCCAUUAUGGAGAUAGUACCAUUGCCGUUAGUCAAUAUCGAACUGUUCUUUGGUGGCGAAAGCAAUAACAUUGCAUUGGGGCACGGCCUGUUCAUUGUGCCCAUGGCUAUAUCUGUGCUGGUUGGCCUAAUCAAGGGCGAGGGUGACGACGCGGACGAGGCGGUUGAAACAUUGAAACUAUUGACCAUCUUGGGCAACAUAACAUCUCUAUGUUAUCUAGCAAUCAACGAGGGCUCCUAUAUUAUGGGUGGCAUGGCUUUUCUCGCCUUCCUCACCAAAAUUGGUUCCGAGUUCCUGGAGUCGUACGUUGAGGGCUCAGGCUAUCCAGUCAAGUACAUCAGCUGGUCUGGAUUCUACUUUUUGGCCAGCAUGGCCGUUGGCGGCGAGAAGUAAUUCGAAGUGACUUAAAACCAGGCAUGAACUUACACCUAAAAUUUAACAAUUUGGUUAGACCCAAUCGUUGAUGAGUACAAUUUAGGAUACUUAUGGACUUGUAAAUUACCCGGAUUAACAAAAUGAAAAUAUGAUUAAU